AUGGCAACAUAUCAAAAUGUCGAAAUUCUAAAUUCACCGAACAUUAAUAAUAACAACAAUAACAAUAAUCAUUUGACUCCAGUUUUACCAAACAGCUCAUACGAUUAUUCAACAAGAAAAUAUCCCUCGCAAUUCACUACCGACGCGUCGACAAUGCCAAAAAAUCAUUAUCAAAAUACGUCGACUUCGAGUAAGCGAGAUGUUGUGCCAGUAGAAAACGGUACUAACUACAUGACUCCAUCGGAUACUGAUACGAUGACGAAUUCCAACGAAGCAACUAAACGUAUUAGUAGCAGUAAUGGAAAGUUUUCCAUACAAAAAAUGAUACGUCAAGGUUUUUCGUCAUGGCGUACGAAAAGAAAGCUCUCGUCAUCGGGCACACAUCCAUCAACAAAUGUUUCAACAAAUACUUCAACGCCACCUCCACCUCAAUCGUCUACGGCUCGUUCGAUGACACCUGAUAAUGAUCAAUCACAACUUCCUCCAUCGACGACGACACGUUCAUUAUCAGUCGAUUCAAUUUCAAAUCAAACAUCACCGCAACGAAUUAUUGUUACUGAACAAAUUUCCCCGUCCUCGCCGAGAUUGAACCAUACUGAUAGCACAACAGUCGAUUUUGAUCGACCAUCAACUAACAUUCAAGGCUAUGUUCAAUCACCUUGGGUGAAUUCUUCUUCUAUACCAGCUACAACAACUGAUUCUGUGGCUCGGUCAGUUGUACCUCUACCAAUCAAUCGAAUGUUGCCAGUACAUUUUUCGGAACAUCCCAAAGGACCAGCACCCGGUGCUGCCCCGGCAGCAGCGGACGUAAAUAAUAGUAAAACGCCUUUUACAACAGCACAUUCGUCUUCCUCCUCGUCCCCAUCAUCUUCAUCUAAUCUUUCUAAAGUUCCACCACCUGUUGCACCCAAACCAGAUAUAAAUCGUCUAACCCCGAUUCGUUCCAAUUACCUAAACAAUAACAACAAUAGCAAUCCAUCACCUCCUAUUCAUACAAAUACAUCCUCUCCAAUGUUAUCUACGAACACCACUGAAGAACGUCACAUCACGUUCUCUGAUCGAUUAACGUCGAAUCAAUUCAAACCUAUUAAUGAAGCAACUAACGCAAACACUGCUAUCUAUGCUAACAUUGCACCAUCUACAGCAUUAUUGAAGGAAAUGUUUCAAUCACGCAAUUCGCCUGUGAAUAAUACAACUAAUUCAUCUUCUCCUACAUCUGUACCACGAACUUCUAAUGAAAAAUCCAUUCCAAAUGCCACAUCUUCUUCUCCGUCAACCAAUUCAUCUUCAACAUCAACUGUUCAAACAGCGAAACAAAGUAUUAUUCAAGAUAUCGAUACAACUAGAUACGAAGAAAUUCUUGCUAAAGAACCUGAUCUAUCUCGGCAACCAGAGAAAAGUGCCUUGAAAAAGCCGAAUGGCAUCAAAAGACGUGUUAUACCUGUCUUACGUGAGAAUCAACGUCCAUCUCCACGUCCUAGUCCAAAACUGAAGUCUGCUGUGCAGACUACUCCAUCCACCACCCCAAACCCUACAAUAGUAAAUGACGAUCCAAAUGGCAACUCCGAUGAUGACUCAACAUCGGAUGACGACGAGGAAAACCGUGAACCAACGAAACGAUUUGCAAAUGUGCAACGUAAUGAUUCAUUGGCACGCUUUCUCAAAGAUCGUCCUUUACCAGGUGAACUCUAUGAUAAGCACAUAUUGGUGAAAUCAUUAGACGAACGUAAAAAUGAACGUGAAACUAUUGAAACAAAACUCGAACGGAAAUUAUCUUUACGGCCAAGACCAGAAGAAUUAGAGGCACGAAAUAUCCUACGUGCUAAAACACAAGCGGAAUUAAUGGCUGAGAAAGAAGAGAAAAAGCGGUAUUUAAUACGUAAACUCAGUUUUCGGCCAAGUAUUCAAGAACUUCGUGAUCGAAAAAUUAUACGUUUUUGUGAUUAUAUUGAAGUAUCUGAAUGUGAUGAUGUUGACCGUCGUGCUGAUAAACCAUGGACGCGUUUGACCCCACGCGAUAAACAAUUGAUUCGUAGAGAACUCAAUGAAUACAAAAGUUCUGAAAUGGAAAUCCAUCCUGAGAGUACGAAAUACACACGUUUUCAUCCUCCUUAG